GGAUUUUUUUUAGUUGUUUCGUAAAGAUUUUGUACAGCAGUAUAUGCAAAAUCAGGCCGAUAAUUGAAAAUGAUCAAGUCAACAUUAGUAGCGCUGCUUAUGACUCUACUUGCACGGAAAUCGUACGAUCCGAUGAUAACAAACGAUGUUUUGGAAGAAUACGAUUUUAUUGUUGUUGGGGCAGGUGCAUCUGGAGCUGUGGUUGCAAGAGGACUCUCAGACAAAACCGGGAUGACGGUGUUGCUAUUGGAAGCGGGUGACUCGGAUUAUGACAAUCCUUUAGUUCGUGGUCCGAUGGCAUAUGAUAUGGUGCAACAGUCUCCUUAUAAUUGGAACUACGACGUGGCUAUGCAGAAAUAUUCGUUGUAUGCAAUGGGAAAGAAUCCUAAAUAUCCUGGAGGAAAAAUUCUUGGUGGAUCAACGUCAAUUAACGGAAUGAAUUAUUUGAGAGGAAGUCCUCAUGAUUAUGAUUCUUGGGUAGAUCAUGGAGCAAGGGAGUGGAGUUGGAAAGAUGUCGAGCCAUUUUUUAGAAAAAAUGAAAACGUUGUCGAUGAGAAAAUAUCAGAGAAAGCAGGGAGAGGUGGUUUACUAAAUAUCAGCAUUCCAGGCGAAAAUCCAUUUUCUGCAAAGUGGGUGGCGGCGGCGAGAGAAAUCGGUAUAAAAGAAGUUGACUAUUUUGAUGAAAUUGAAGGAAUAUCGCAAUUAGUUUGCACCAGAUACAAGGGAUUGAGACAAUCGUCCUCAGACGCGUUCUUGCGAUCGGGAUAUAAAGAACGACAAAGAAGUUUGCACAUUGUAACAAAUGCACUUGUAAGCAAAGUUCACUUUGUUACUGACACAAACGGUAAACAACAAGCUACAGGGGUAAGUUACAUGAAAGAAGGGAAAAUAAACAACGUUAAAGCCAGAAAAGAAAUCAUUUUAUCAGCUGGUGCAAUAAGAACUCCACAAAUAUUGAUGUUGUCAGGAAUUGGACCGAAAAACCAUCUUAAAGAGAUGGAGAUAGAAGUUGUGGUGGAUUUGCCAGGCGUGGGAGCGGAUUUUCAAGAUCAUUACGGGAUAUUUGCAUAUCACGCAAUAGACGACAACCAGUUUGUAUCACAAUCGACACCGGAAUCGAUCAAAGAAUACAUCAUGAAUGGCACCGGAUACGACUCAGCAGUUUGGGGUGGUGGUGCUGUGCUUCAUUUUAAAACAAAGUAUUUUGGAACAAACGUAAGCCUAAGCACCAAAAAGCGCCCAUUCCCUACUAUUCAAGUAAUUUUGACUUCGAAAAAUGCGUCUUUCUUUUUCAAGCCAAGAGAAAACUAUAGGUUGCAUACUGCAUGGAUGGUAGGAGUUCAGCAUCCCAAAUCAAAAGGUGAAAUUCGAUUGAAGUCUGCGAAUCCGACUGACCAACCUAUCAUUGAUCCAAAUUAUCUGUCGGAAGAAGAUGAUAUAAAGAUGUACAUUGAAGGAUUCAGAAAGCUUGAAGAGCUUGAAAUGACAAAAGCUAUGAAAGCAAUUGGGUUUCGAAUGAUAACACCUGAAGCAUGCAAUGGAGCGCUCUACAUUAACCCUCCCAGGCCAGAUGAAUUUUAUCGAUGUUAUGCGAAAAGUUAUGGGUUUCCUGCAGCCCACGCAUGUUGCACUGCUAAAAUAGGACGAGAAAAUGAUGAAAUGGCAGUUGUUGACGAACGACUCAAGGUUCGACAUGUUGAGGGCCUAAGAGUUGCCGAUGCAUCAGUCAUGCCUCAUGUGACGUCAUCUAACACCCAAGCUCCUUGUUACAUGAUUGGACGAAAGGCGUCAGAGAUGAUAAAACAAGAUUGGAACAUAAAUGAAUAAAAUGCAUUUUAUUGAAAGAAAUGUGUGUAACAAUAAAUAAGGAAUAUGAUAUAUACUU